AUGGCAAAAGGUAUAGAUGAACCACUAUUGAACUCAAAGUUUGUGCUUGACGUUCUGAAACAGAACCUUCGAUUAGAUGGACGUGCAUUUGACCAAUUCCGUGAUGUAGACAUAAAAUUAGGAGAAGAGUAUGGAGACGUAACUGUAUCCCUUGGGCGCACUAAAGUUCAUUGUAAGGUAAGUGCAGAGAUAACACAGCCUUAUGAGGACCGCCCUUUUGAGGGUAUAUUUCUGAUCUCAACAGAAACAACUCCUAUGGCAGGCCCACAGUUCGAAAAUGGGUCGAAUACAGGCGAAGAAGAAGUUUUAAUUUCAAGAAUGAUUGAAAAGGCGGUCAGGAGAUCUAAUGCUCUUGAUUUAGAAGCUCUCUGUAUUGUUGCAGGCAGUAAGUGUUGGUCUCUUCGUGCUGACGUCCACUUUUUAGAUUGUGAUGGUGGAUUUAUCGAUGCAAGCUGUAUUGCCGUAAUGACUGCUCUGCUUCAUUUUAAGAAACCUGAUGUUUCAGUAACUGCUGAUGGAAUUGUUAUACACCCAGUAUCUGAAAGGGAACCAGUAGCACUAGGUAUUCUUCACAUUCCUAUUUGUGUUACUUUCUCUUUCUUUAACCCGGAUGACACGGAAGAGAAUAUCAAAGGCAUAUCUAAUAAUGAAAUAGCGAUCAUCGAUGCUACUCUUCAAGAAGAAUUAUUUCGUGAUGGCGUUCUAACGGUGACGCUCAAUAAGAAUAGAGAGGUUGUACAAGUUUCAAAGGCUGGUGGUCUGCCAAUGGACGCUUUAACGCUAAUGGACUGCUGUCAUAAAGCAUUUAACAUAACCCAGAAUAUUACAGACCAGAUAAUACAGCUGUUAAAGGAAGACGCACAAAAAAGAGAUAAAUUUUCUGAUUUGUUAAGCUCUAAAAAUCCGAGAGAUUCGUCCUGA